AUGGAGAGUGCAGAGAGCAACACAGAGGGUGAAAGCAGAGAGAAACCGCAUCCUGUGCCUCCAUCUGUCCAGGAAGGCAGCAGCAACCUGCUACAUGAGAAAAGAGGCCCAUUCACUGCCCCCACCCUUGCCCCCAGCAGCACAGAUUCCUUCAUGUCCCUGUCCCCAGGGAAGCUGUACCAAACAUUGGUGGAUCUUGACAAGACAGGUGACCGUGAAAGCAAAGAAAACCUAGGACCCAAUAGCAGCUACCUGGAGAAUCCAUACCUGUCCAAUGAAAGACUUCGAACAGAAGAAACAAUGACCCUAGAGUUUGUUGCUGUAAUGUCAAAAAAAUCCAGGUUUUCUGAAGAGUCAUCCAAGAUCUGUGUUGCUUUUUACAAGCAACCUGGACAAUACCAGGAAUUUGCUGUUCUGAAAAAAAGAAAAAAGCUGAUCGUGGGCCAUGCAAUGAUCCCCAUUUCUGACCUGCAGAGAGGACCAAUUUUUUAUAAAUAUGCUAUCCUUAAUGUCCUCUCAACCGACUCUGAAACGAGAUUAUAUGAUUUAGAGCAUAUUUAUGGAAUGGACUCCAAGAAUAUAGAGAGUCAAUUACAUCGAGUCAUAAACAUUCCCAAGGAAGAGAUCAAAGCAGAUGAACACCUUGCAGAUGAAUUUUGCCGGCCCGUCAAGCUCCAGCAGGGCUUUAAGAAUAUAGAAAAGAAAUUGAAGAUCUACACAGAGACCUUCAAAAUCUAUCUCGGCGAUGCUGCAAAAGGCGAACUCUACUCUCCAACUAAUCUUACUGAGCAAGUGUUGCGUGAUAACAUGAUAAAGUUCAUGGACAAGAUCAUUGGACACCUGGAGACAGAGGAGCAUAAAGAUGAUGGGCUGCUUUUUGCUUUACACACCUCACAUUGUUAUAACAUCUCACUAAGCAAACAGGUAAUUGAAAAGGCUGAAAAACUCAUCCAGGACAUCGGCCCAUUUCAAGGCAAAUUCAAGCAUCUGAGAGGAAAGAGCAAUUACAUUUCAUCUGUGAAAGAAAUUUGCUUAAGUAAUAAAGGCAACACCUUGUGGAUUUGGCUGAUUCCAUUGCUGUAUGCAAUCACAGAGAAGAUGGAGGACCGCUUUUUUCGACAAACCAUUCCCUUACAACAUUUAUUGGAGCUGAGAAAUGAUGAAGAGAAGCAGAGGAAAGUCCUUGCAAUGAUAAAGAUUCACAAGUCAUUCAUUGAAAGCUGCUCUCCACUGGCAAUGACAGUCUUGGAGAUGUUGGCACUGAAGAAUUUCACCAAGGCCUCCCUACUCCAAAUCAAGCUUCCACCUCAGCUCCUCCUGGAUACUGUGUACCAACGCAUCGUUAACGUCGUCUGUAAACCAUCCCAAGUGCACGAAGAGGAUUUGACUGGAGUUUUGAACAACAUUGCUGAAAGGAUGGCAUUCUGGUUCAAGGACUUGUGCCUGCCAGGGGAAACAGAGCAGCUGACGAAGCCCACGAAUAAGGAGGAUGUCUUGCCAUGUCUGAAUUCAACAUAUGCUUUGCUUUCAUUUUCCUUAAAUCAUUGGCAUGCAGUGCCACUUAGCUUGAUAAUGUCACUGCUACGGAUACUUGACAUGUUUGCUGCAAAAUCACAUGAGUUGCAAGCAAAUCAGGAAUAUCAGCAGUUUAUCUCAAAAAGGUUCAAUGAGUUUGCAGGUUACAUCAAGAAGUGGCUGGAAAAAUCCUUGCCUAGGCCACCCAUGGAAAACAGACAGUUCCUGGAAAACAUCCAUGUGUGGCACGAGCUAUUCUUGUUUGAGAUCCUCUGUGUGGAAUGGACCCAGAAAUGGCAAAGCCUGAUACACAGCAUAGUUGAAAGGUGGCUGGAGAAAGUAGAUGGCAGAAAACUUCUGGACUUCUACUUGGAAUUCAUGAAGGAGGACAAGCGUUGGAAUACAAAUCUAGAGAGCUGCUUUACAGAUUGUGUGAUUCAAAGGAUUAAACACUUUGAGAAAAGCGAGGAACCCAUGUUAGGAACAAUGGUUUCCAAAGUCCUCAAGACAGACAGGUCAACUGUCGGGAAAGUGCUUUCUGCUGUUGUUGAGAAAAUGUUCUCAGACAAGAUGAGCAUGUUGGAAAAACAUGUUGACAGCACAGGCCCAGUUCUCAGAGAGGUGCUCAGCUCUUCUGUGGUCUGUGAUCUCCUCUUCACUGUCAAUUCCUCUGUCUCCAGCUGUAUAGCAAGAGUGCUGGAAGUCAGAAGGGAGGAAUAUGAGCAAUUGGAAAAGCAGAAGAAGCAGAGAUACUCAUUUUUGCAUCUAUGCAGCAGCAUAGAGCAUGUGAUAAGAGUGGAUGUAAGGACUGUGAAGAAAAGCAUCGACAAAAGAGGAAUUUUUAAGGAUCAGACGUCUGUAAGCAAAUUUUCUGUGAAUGGCGAGAAGAAAAUUCCUGAAUUGCACCUCCUUGCUAAAUACACUGACAUGCUGGAAAAAAUUUAUAUCUUAGAGGAAAGCAAUUAUUUUCAGAGACUGUGGAAGCAAAAAGCAGAGCAAAUCAAACCCACAAUCCCUGAAGGGAAAAUUCUCUUGAUAGAAGAUGUGCAAGAAAACAUUUAUAAGCCAGCCAUUGCUGACUUUCAGAGUACGUAUCUGGCCCUCAAAGACUUUUCCAUCACCCUUGGAACUGUGCAGAGCCAUUUUGAGAAGCAGUUAGCAAAUGAGAGUCAACUCACAAAGGAGUUUAAAAUGAUGGAGAUGAGUGAAGGGAAAGGGAAUGGAAAAGCUGCCUGGAUAGAUGCUGCAGUGGAGAAGAUUAAAAACUACCUGACCCUGUCUACAGUGGUGAAGACUGCCAAGAUGAUUGAUGAACUGCGGAAGACACUUGAUCUUAACGGAAAUUUUCAGAUUCUCAAUGACCUAACAAAAUAUGAAGAGCUGGAAUUCAGGAAUAAGAGACUUGAUUAUAUGACUGAGGACUUAAUGAAGGUGAAAAAUAGUUUGAGCAACCUUCCAGAAGAGAUGCUGGACUUUUUGAGGGAACUUCUUGAAUGCACAAGGACAGGCUUUGUCUCCUGGAUCAAAACCAUAAUAACAGACAAAACAGAAAUACCUGUAUUUGUAGAGCUGGCAUCAAUUUCCGCAGGUGAAAAUGACAUAGAUAUUGACAAAGUGAGGUUCUUCCGUGAUGCCAUGGCUGCUUCAGCACCCAUUAUAUAUGAUCUGAGACCCACAUCUGGAUUUGAACAGUUCUCUGCAGCCCUGUCAUUAAUCAGCGAAGCCACUGCAAAAGACAAGAAUCUGCCCAAGAAGUUGAAAGAUUCUUGUGAUAACAGAGAGUGGAUACAGAUGGUUCAUGACUCUCAUGGCUCCAUAGAGCAUUCCUCAAUCUCUCAAGCCAGAGUCAUCAACAGUAGAGGGAUUUUUAUCAUCUCAGCACCUCAAAAAUUCAAGGCUGCCCUUGAGGACUGUGUUUCAGUGCUACUGCCGAAGGAUACCACGGAGGAAGCAUCUCAGACAGAUCAGAAGGAUAAAGAAUACAGCCUGGCUCAGCUCACAGAGCUCCAGAACAAGCUUAUGUUGAUCACCACAAAAGCUGAGCAAGGCAGAGAGGAGGCAAACCGCUUCCUGGAGAUCCUGGAAAAAGUUCAAAUGAUUGGAAAGUUGUACCUGCAGCUUCUCAAUGUUGGUAAUAUCCUCUUCAUAGACUGGAAGGCUGACAUCUACUGCAAUCCCCAACACAAAGUAAAAGUUUACACAGAAUUUGGAAUUGCUGGCAUCCUUGUUCAGAGCACCAGACCCGUUCUGGAGGAGCUGGAUGGCCUUUGCAAAGCAUUGGAGCACUGCCUGGUAGAGUGGAAGAAAUAUCUGGAGACUCAACGGGACACCUACUAUCAUCUCAACCUGUUCACUGCACACCAGCUCUUCUAUUUAUGUAGCCAACUGGCCAAAGCCCACAAUAGUGUAAUAGAGCCACAGAUUCUUAAUAUGCUUUCUGUCAUAAAGCAUGACAUUAAAGCAGAAGAUAUUAGAAAAGCCCUGGAGCAAGCCCUCAUGACUCCACUUGACUCUGUCAACACAUCAGCAGGAGACAAGGAGUCUGUUACCUGGCAUGACUAUGUCAUUCGUUUUCCCCAGCUCAUCAAAAGCCUGGCUGAAUCUGGCUACGAUACGUCAGUGGCAAAGGCAGCCCUGCAGAGCUGCCUUCCAAACUCUGACAUUACAGAGCAGAAGCUCAUGAAUUUUGCCUUUGAACAAGGCGAUGACAAGGAAGAGGUUGAAAAUCUGAGCAAAUUAUAUGAUGAGCAGCGAGAAGCCUUUCUGCAGAAGUCAACUAAGUUUAAAAAGAAAAACAGAGGUGUUGACCAGGCAACUUUUAGCACCCUUGCAGAAGAUGAACUGGCCACCUCCUUUGAGAGUUUGCCAUCCAUCUAUGACAAAGUGAAUAUGCUCUGGGAUGCUUAUUGUAAGAAAUUCACUGGCCUUGUGUCAGACAAAUACAUCAGCCUGGAUGUCUUCGGUGAAACACUGAAGCAAUUAGCAGCUCUUGAAACCACAUGUAUCAAGAGAAGUUUACCAGUAGGCCUUGAAGCCAGGAAACCUUCUCUAAUCAUGUGUAAAGAAGAGGAAAUGUUACUCUACAUGCUCUCCAUUUACAAAUACACUGAGACAGCACCUCUCCCAACGUAUGAUGAGGUCCUGGUGUGCACACCAGACACAGAGGAGGAAGAAGUGGAGCUGAUUGUUAGGAGAGCUCUUUCGUCUGAUUCUCAAAACCAGAAAAUCUACUGCUUGCUGGGUGCUGAGAAAUUAGUGUACAAAGUUUCCAAACAACUGGAGUCCCACUUCUUCCGCUUGCUGCAAUCUUCUACAGUCCCUGACUACAGGUUCAUUAUCUUUUGCAAUGCCAAAGUUCACAAUUCUUAUGUUAUCACAGCCUUCGACACCUACAAAGUUACUAUCCCAUGCUACUCUAAGACAGAAAUCCAGGCAUACCUGAGCACGCAUCUCAAAGUGCCUUGGAAGUCUCUCUACGUGGAAAAUACCGUCCGAAAGAUCCGUGCCCAGCUGGGUGAUUUACCAGUGGUUCACAAAACCAUUAGGCUGAUGGAGUCAGAGAUUGAUUUCCAGUUCCUUCUGGAGGACCUACUCUCUCUUGAGGAAUACCCGACUGAAACUCAGCCCACCGUCUUCCAUAUUGAUGUGUCACCAGUGGUGUCAACAGGUCUUUACCGGCUGCUGAUUGAGCUAUGCAUCCUAAGACACAUCCAGAGUCCCAAUGGCUUGGUCUGGAAGUGCAAAUCCUCUCAUCUUUACUUGAUUGAGUGCCUGGCAAAAGGGAAAGGUGUUAGCAGAACAAGGAAACAAGAGAUGUCCAGUGAAACAGAAGAAAAGUUCCUGGAUCUUUUUCCUGCAGUGAAAUGUGUAUCACCUACGCGGGUACUUGAAUUGCUGGAACACUCCAGCUCUGGUUGUCUUUCUGAAAUGAAAGAGGAACAGUUUGAUCGAGACAAGUUAAAGAGUGAAGCUUUCCAGAGGUCUUACCAGUAUCUCAGAAGAUAUAAGAGGCAGGAAAACCUUGACCGUUUCGUUUUCAUCCCUGAGAGGACUGAAGGGACAGAGAAAGAGUGCCUGAAGCUCUUACUGGAGUUCUGUGGGAGACGCAACCCUUCCUGGACCGAGCUUAGCAAUUUCACUCAUUUCCUAAACUUCCAGCUAAGCAAAUGUGAGAAAUCGGUUUUCUGUAGCCCAGCAGUUGGAAAGGAUUUCCAGGGGUUUAAAACAUUUGUGGUAAAGUUCAUGAUCAUCAUGUCCAAGGACUUUGCUGUGCCCUCUCUUGACAUCUCUGAUGAAAGUGUGCCAAGUGCAGAAAAUGAUGAUGAGGAAAACAGCAUUAUGAGACAGUACCAGCUAAGACGAAAGUGGGAACAAGAGUCCCACCCCUAUAUAGUCUUCCAUGCAGACAAUGAAUCCAUGGAGUUCUUGGGUUUUCACAUCAGUAAUAACUUGGAUGCUAUUGAUGCCCAUUCUCAAGUUGUUUUGGAAAGGAAUGUUAUCAAAGAUAAAUUAUACCAGACUUUGAAAGCCCAGCAAGUUCCUUUCAAUAAGAAGUUUGAAGACUUGCCCAGAAAAAUGCAGCUGGAGGUGCUCUGCAGAGUUUUUGGUGUGAGCUACACCCAAGAUCCAGAUGAAUCAUAUCAGCUGACACUGGACAACACCAUGAAGAUGCUUGCCAUUCACCUGCGGUUCCAGUGUGGGAUCCCUGUAAUCAUCAUGGGCGAAACAGGUUGUGGGAAGACAAAGCUUGUGCAGUUCAUGUGCAGUCUGCAAAGAGCAGGCAGGGACAUUCAGAACAUGGUGGUGGUACGCGUCCAUGGUGGCACUACUUCCAAGAACAUCCACAAGAAAGUUAGGCAGGCAAUUGAGCUGGCACACAUCAAUGAAGAAAGGCACAAAGUGGACACUGUACUCUUUUUUGAUGAAGCCAACACAUCAGAAGCUAUCUUUGCAAUUAAAGAGGUGCUGUGUGAUCACAGUAUAAAUGGAGAGAAGAUUCCCACUGACCGUUUAAAAGUAGUAACUGCUUGCAACCCUUACAAAAGGCAUACCAAGGAAACCAUAGAGAAACUGGAAAAAGCUGGCUUGGGGUACCGAGUCCGAAGUGAAGACACACUGGAGAAACUGGGCUACAUUCCUUUGCGGCAGCUAGUGUAUCGGGUCAAGCCCCUUCCACCUAGUUUACUGCCUCUUGUCUGGGAUUUUGGAGAGCUGAAUGAAAAGACACAGAGCCUGUACAUCAGAGAGAUUGUAAAGUCCACUAUGAAGAACAAGAUUGCCAUUGGAAAUUUGGACAUCUUUACUAGUGUCAUUUCAGCCUCCCAAAAGUUCCUCAGGCAGAAGAAAGAUGAAUGCAGAGUUGCCAGUCUUCGAGAUAUAGAGCGCUGCAUGAGCAUUGUGCUCUGGUUUUAUAGAUUAAGAGACCUGCUAUUUCCUCAGAUUGAUGCGAAGAAGUGCAAAAAAGAACAGGAGCCAGUCUUAAAUGAUGCACAAAGGGCCUUGGUCCUUUCAGUGGGAGUUUGCUAUUAUGUAUCUCUGGAGAGCCGCAAAGAUUACCUGGAGGAGGUUGCAAAAUGUUUUUCUGUCCCUACAUCCCUUCUGCAGCAAGAGAUUGAGCUUUGCCAAGAGGUAUUUCUUGAUAACCUCUCUGUUCCCAAGGCAACAGCCCGCAAUGAUGCUUUGAGGGAAAACAUCUUCAUGAUAGUUGUAUGCAUGGACCUACGAGUUCCACUUUUUCUGGUUGGGAAGCCAGGAAGCUCAAAAUCCCUGUCUAAAACCAUUGCUGUGGAUGCCAUGGAGGGCAGGCGGUCCAAAAGCCAGUUGUUCAAAAGAUGCAAAGAGAUCCAGUUGGUGUCUUUUCAGUGCAGUCCCCAUUCAAAGCCAGAAGGGAUCAUCUCCACUUUCCAACAAUGUGCACAGUUCCAGAAGGGGAAGAAUCUGGAUGAGUUUGCAUCCGUGGUCCUUCUGGAUGAGAUCGGCCUCGCAGAAGACUCACCAGAGAUGCCACUGAAGACACUGCACCCUCUUCUUGAAGAUGGAUGUGUUGAUGACGAAAACCCAGAAUCUUAUAAAAAAGUUGGCUUUGUGGGCAUUUCAAACUGGGCCCUAGACCCUGCCAAAAUGAACAGGGGUCUUCUUGUAUUUCGGACUGACCCUAGCAAAGAAGAGCUAGUUAAAACUGCAAACGGCAUCUGUGCUGCACAGCCUCACCUUGAAAGCAUUAUGUAUUUGUUCCCUUUGCUGGCAGAAUUCUACUGCAAGGUGCUAAAAACACAAAAAAUUGAGUUCUUUGGGCUCCGUGAUUUCUACAGUUUGAUCAAAAUGAUACUGUCCUACAGCCAGGACAAGAAGUACAUCUCUCAAGAGGAGAUCAUUAUAAAGGUGAUUCAAAGAAACUUUGGAGGCUCCAGUGAUAUCAAUCCUGUCGAGCUCUUCCGCAACUACAUCAGUGAGGUGCAUCUUCCCCCUGACUUGGAAACCAGCCACACACUUCGUUUGCUGAAGGAAAAUAUGAGCAAACAGCAGGCAGGACUCAUGUCUCGAUACCUCCUGCUGCUGACAACCAACCACGCAGCUUUCCACAUCAUCCAGAUGACACAGCUUAUAGAUAUUGAGAACUGUGAAAUCAUAUUUGGCUCUGGUUUUCCACAGGACCAAGAUUAUUCCCAGGUAUGCCGGUCUGUCAGCAGAGUGAAGAUCUGCAUGGAGACAGGCAGGCCUGUUGUUCUUUUAAAUAUACACAACCUUUAUGAGAGCCUUUAUGAUGCACUUAACCAGUGCUUCGUUAGCCUGGGAGGAAAUUACUAUGUGGACCUGGGUCUUGGCACUCACAAAGUGAAGAGCCGUGUGAAGGAUGAUUUCAGACUCAUUGUGAUAGAGGAGAAGAAUGUAGUCUACACCCAGUUCCCCACCCCGCUGCUGAACCGGCUGGAGAAGCACUGCUUGGACAUGAACACCGUUCUGAACUGGCAGCAGCAACAGCUGAAGCAGGACCUGCAGACCUGGGCCAGGCAGUUUGUCUCCAUUGACAGCAGCAUGUUCUCCAAUGUUUGGUCCACCAAGCCCAGCCCCAAGGAACAGGAUGUCUUCAUUGGUUUCAGCAAUGACACAUCUGCAGCUGUUGCUUUGGCGAGCACUCAGAGCAGGUCCUGGGGAGACCUUGAGCCCUAUGAAGAGCCAGUGCUCUCUAUUGCCAAAAGGAAACUUGUUCAGUGUGCCACCCCUGACUCCAUCCUGCGCCUUAAAUACUCCCUUCUGGAUGAUGCUGAGCAGAUCCAAGACUUGUACUUCCACAAGCAGAAGCACAACAGCCUUGUUAGUGUCUUGGGAGAGACAGUUAGCCAGCAACCAAGGAAGGAGAGGACUGCUGGGCUCUGCCUGCAGGUUUCUACACAUGCAAGACUUCUAAAUGAGAGAGAUUUAGAAGAAAUAAGGAAGACACUUAACCUUCAAAAUGAAAUCCACUGCCUCUUCCUAAGCCAGUUUGACACUGAAUACGCUUUCCGCCAGGAACUCAGGUACUGUAUCAUAGAUGAGAGAAGGAAAUCAACAAGCACAGGCCGAUCACAUGUUGUGCUGGCCACUCAAGUGCCGCGAGUUCUGGGAGGCUGCAGCUACCUGGCAUUUGACAGUGGUGAAUGGAUGUCAAUCCACUUGGAUGAUCUGAUGCCCCCAGACAACUUUACAGCCAAUCUAGGCCAGCUCGCCAAAAUGACUAUUGCUGAGAUUUUCAUGACGACUUUCCAGGGGCAUCUCCUAAGAGGUCUUCCAGAGGAAUCUGCUGCUCUUGAAGAUCCAGCCAAGUCCAGUCUUUUUCCAGAAGAAAAUCUCCUCAGCAUGGACUCUAUGAUCAAACAGAGCAUCCAGAAAGCUGUGAUCCAGCUGGAAGACAAGACAGACAACAGUCGGCGUGCCACUGAAAGAAUCAUGAUCAUUCACAACUUGCUUUUCCAGGAUCAUAAUAGAACCACAAGUCAUCCAAAAGUGCCUAUGAAGGAACCAGCCAAAUUGUUCCAAGCGCUGAUCAAAAAUGUGUUGAUGCUAGAUGGCACUAAUCCAGGGAUGAUGCAAUGUUACACCAAUGACUUUCUAAGGAUGACUUUUCCUGGGCAAGAUCUUUCUAUCUAUGAGAUUCUGUCAAAAGCUCUCCUAAUCAAUGCGAAACAGCUCUGCUCUUCUGUGGGGCAGGAGGAAAUAAGCUUUUCCCCCAUUUGGCUUCAUAUGGAAUAUUUCUACCUACGAGAGGAGUAUCAACUCUUUGUUGACUUGGUAAAAAGUGAUGAGACUGUAACAAGUGAGCUGCAAAAACUGUAUGAAAAGGACCCGCCAGAAAUGUUUAUCACUCUUGACACCUUGAACAUUCUCCUGAAGAAGGUGCAGCCCACAAAUAAUCUUCUGUCAUUUGAGGCCUGUACAGAAUGGCUUAGAAGGGUCAAGUCCAUUAAGCCCUGGAUGGAGUGGAUCAGUACGGACAACUACCAGAUUCAUCUUUACCAGAAGAAAAGGGAACUCCUGAGGAGCGUGUUACACAAGUGGACCUGCACCAACAUUGUCUACAUGUUCUUCGACCACCUGCUGCACAAUGAGACACAGAUAGAUGAGAAGCUUCUGAGACUUCUUGUGAAGCAGUUCAUCUUCAUCUGGAAUCGCCUGACUGAAACGCAAAAUUUUGAGCCAGCAGAAACUCUUGAGUUGGUGACAAAAGUGCUCAAGAAAUGUAACCAAAGUGCUGACACUGUGUACCUUGUGGAAGCUGUUGCAUGUCACAACAAAUUCAGGAGGAAAUGUAACUCAUUCUUUGUGGAGUUUGUCACCACCUCUGUCUUGGGAGACAGAGGCACACCAUCCCCAGAAGUCAUCACCCAACUGAUCCAGUUUGUGGCCUGCAAGCCAUCCAGCCCUGAGCAUCAGGCAGCAAAAAGAGUUUGCAAGCCAAAAAGUGAGCUGUCACCCUUUGAAGAGUGCAUGGACACCAGUUCAACAAUCAAGUCCUCCCUCUUGAAACUGCUUCUGCAACAUGGGUUCAACAACAUAAAGGUUCACCUGGAAAAAUACCUUUCUGAGAUGGAGGAAAAGAUAACGUUCAACAAAAGGAACUGGAACCAUUUCUACUUCAUGGUGGUGCAUUGUCUGGAGGAUUUUAUGUAUCCUUCUUCCCAAGAUGAUGUCAACCAGUUUGCCGAAAGCUGCCUCUCUACUGCAGACUUUUCUGCUUUCUGCUCAGGCAAGGCCUCAAAAAUUGACACCCUCCAGUUCAUAGCGCGUCUCAGGUUCUCCAUCAGCCACGUGGCCACUGUGCUUGGUAGACAGGUGCUCUGCGCUGCAGAUUCAAACAUACUGUCUCCUGGUGGGAACAAGCAAGAAGAGCAAGACCUGGUGAAUGCAAUGAAGAAGCUGGUGGCAACUGCACAGACACCGUGGCCUCAAAUAUUCCUCAUUAGAAAUCUCUGUAACAACUAUGGGUUCAUCCCAAUGCAGAAGAUCCUUCAAGCAGAAAAAUGGAUUUUACCCAGAGGGGUUGAAAUUUCACAGCAUAUGGGUGCCUGGUCAAAUAUAACACUGAUGAUUUCAGUGCUGAACAGAGCAGAAAAUCAAAUAAAAAGGAAAGAUCCCCAGGAAGUCCAGAGGCUGAUGCCUGUCAUAAAACAAAUGGAAAACAUCCUCCAAACACCUUUGUUCCCAGAAGACCCUCUGGAAAACAAGAUGAAGAUGAUUGUGGAUGCUCUGUGCAGACACAAAAAUAAGGUCUUGAUGGAGGUGGUGUUUCACACUGCAUUUACUCUGGCCCUAUCCCAAAGUCCCCUCACUCAACUUUUCAGAAAUAUCUGCUUUGAGCCUCAUGUGGUGAAGUCAAGCUUUUUCAUGUACCCAUUUGCACCUAAUGUGUUUAUCUCCAGAACUGUUAUUUCUCCAGUAGAUGAGAAGCAAACUAGGAAAAUGGUUACAUGA